GCGGCGGCCGAGAUGAUGGCGGAGGGCGGCGGCGGGCCGGCGCGCAGGAAGGCGAUAUCGCUGCUGGAGGCGGCCCGAUCCCGCUACGAGAGCCUGCAGAUCUCCGACGACGUCUUCGGGGAGUCGGGCCAGGACAGCAGCGGGAACCCCUUCUACAGCACCUCGGCCGACUCCCGCUCCGCCGCCUCUUCCCAGGACGAGGACGACGACGAGGAAGACCAGGGGCGCCUGGCGGUGUCGAGCCCGCGGAGCAGGGCGGCCCGGCGCCGCACUCCCCGGGCGGCGGCCACCCCGGCGGAGCGGCGGCGGCAGCGGCAGGUCUGCGGCGGCAGCGCCGUCCCGGGCGGCCCCGGCCCUAUGGAGGAGGAGGAGGAGGAGGAGGAAGCGGAGAGGGGGGGAUGGACCCGGUCGCUGCGAGACGUCCCACCCCCUCAUUUCAAGGAUGGCAGCGGUCCAACACGAAAAAUGCCCCUGACUGCCAGUGCCAUGGACUUUUUUCAGCUCUUUGUCCCUGACAAUGUACUAAAGAAUAUGGUGGUCCAAACCAACAUGUAUGCAAAGAAAUACCAGGAGAGGUUUGGUAGUGACGAUGCCUGGAUUGAUGUCACCUUGACAGAAAUGAAGGCCUUCUUAGGCUACAUGAUAUCAACCAGCAUCCACCACUGUGAGUCUGUUCUCAGCAUCUGGAGCAGCGGCUUCUACAGCAACAAGAGCAUUGCACUUAUCAUGACACAAUCAAGGUUUGAGAAGAUUCUGAAGUACUUCCACAUUGUGGCCUUCCGCUCGAGCCAGACAACGCAUAGCCUCUACAAAAUCCAGCCUUUUCUGGACUCUCUGCAGAAUGGCUUUGACUCUGCUUUCAGACCUUCACAAGCCCAGGUACUACAUGAGCCCCUGAUAGAUGAGGAUCCUGUUUUUAUUGCGACCUGUACAGAGAGGGAACUGCGCAAGAGGAAAAAGAGGAAAUUCAGUCUUUGGGUUCGGCAGUGCUCAUCCACUGGUUUCAUCUGCCAGAUUUAUGUCCAUCUCAAGGAAGGGAGUGGUGCUGAUGGGUUGGAUGCUUUGAAGAACAAACCACAGCUUCACAGCAUGGUGGCCAAAAGCCUUUGUCAGAACGCCUCUGGGAAGAACUACAUCAUCUUCACAGGCCCAAGCAUUACCAGCCUGAAUCUCUUUGAAGAAUUUGAGAAGCAAGAGAUUUACUGCUGUGGGUUGCUGAGCACCAGGAAGAGUGACUGCACAGGCCUACCUCCAUCCAUGCUGAACAAUUCUGCAACUCCACAGUCCAGAGGACAGUACAGAAUAAGAAUGAAGGGAAACAUGUCAUUGAUUUGCUGGUACAAUAAAGGGCACUUUCGUUUUCUGACCAAUGCCUAUUCUCCAGUUCAACAAGGAGUUAUAAUUAAGAGAAAAAGUGGAGAAAUUCCAUGCCCACUGGCAGUUGAAGCCUUUGCUGCUCACCUUAGCUAUAUCUGCAAAUAUGAUGAUAAAUACAGCAAGUAUUUCAUUUCUCACAAACCAAACAAGACCUGGCAACAAGUGUUCUGGUUUGCCAUCAGCAUUGCUAUAAAUAAUGCCUACAUCCUCUACAAAAUGUCAGAGGCCUACCAUGUGACAAGGUACAGCCGUGCACAGUUUGGUGAAAGACUUGUAAAGGAGCUUCUGGGCUUGGAGGACACCUCACCCACCCAUUGAUGUUUUGCUUUGGUGGCGUAGGCAGGGGCUGGAGGGAGAGCAGAAGAUACCACACCUGGAGCGGCAAAGCAAGGAACUUGUGACACCACCAGUGCUGUCAUCCAAAAAUGCCAAGUGAUGCCACUAGAGAGGUGCAAACUUUGUUCCUAGUAUCAGCUGGGUGUAAACAUCUCAUGCAGAAAGUGCCACUGGAAAAGAUGACACAAAAUUGCAUAUGUGAAUGCCCUGUGGGAAUCUGUAGACCGAAAACAGACUUAAAUUAGCCGUCAUCUCAAUGUUGAACAGGGUCAUCUUGUAAAGUUCCUCUUGGGCCAAGAGCUUGUCAGAAGCUGGCACAGCUCAGCAGUCCUAGAUGGGCAUUACAGGAAACUCUGCACCUUCCUUGGAGUUGCUGAAUUCUGGGACAAGCCCGCGAGGCUGCACCGUGGGCUGUGGCUGAGCGCAGCUGCUGUUCCACGAGGCGUCGCUGCCGCUGUCCUCCGCUGGGACAGGCGGAGCGAGGACACUGCAGCAGGCAUCUUGACAAACUCCACCUUCACAGGCAGGCAGCCAGGAACUGAGAACCACUCAUGAUUUCUUCUUUCUGUGGUUUUUUUUUUUCACCUUUGAUUUUUAUUAAUGUAACAUGAGACAAUUUGAUCCCAGUUAGAACACAGGAAAAGGUAGGAGAAACCAAGUACAUUAGUGAAUUUAAAAUGACAAAUACAUUACAAUGAUUUUUGGUUUUAACCAUGAUGAAACAUUUUUUUUACACAAACAGUGAUUAAUACUCUAAGUAUUAAUUACUGUUAAUUACUGUAAUUAACAGUGAGUAAACCAGUAAGUAAUACUGCCUCACAUCUUAACUGCCACGGUCAGUGUACAGGUGAGAAACCAAAAUAUACCAACUAUAUUUUUUCUUGAUUUCAACUGUAUCUUAAAUGUUGCUUAAAAAGCUAAUGUAAUGGACUGUUAAAGUUUUAAGAACAAUAAUUUCUUGCUUUUUUUUUGGUAACUGUCAAGACCUCUUUGGUCCACUUUAGAAUUUUGUUUGGCGCACAGCUGGCAGGAGAAAAAAGUCACUAGUAGCCAAGUGUUUCCCAUUAUCACUGUGGGGUGUUCUGUAGGAAUUCUUUUUGGUAGAGUUCAGGGCUUGUCACAGUAGUUGUAAUUAAGCAGAUUACAUGUUUAGCAAAAUAACGUAGCAUUGUGUCUUAGAAAAGGAAAGAAGUCCAGUUGCAACCAACCUUAAACCUUGCUAAAACAGAGCAAGCCCAAAGAGUUCUUCUGUUCUGAGUGACACUGUAGAGGACAAGCAUCAUCAUGAGCUGGUGGUCAAGGCCAUGUUUUGGUGCUUGCGGAAUCUGAAAGCCACUGGAGUUUCAGAAAACAAUGCUGAGAGAGAGGUAUGAUUGAAACGAGGGAAUCAAUACUGAGGGGAGCUACUACCCUGCCCUCUACACUUUAUUGAUUUCAGUCCACAACUCAAUCAUCAAAAAACUCUGUAUUCUGAAGGUUAGCAGUGAUGGGCACAAACAGAAUUGCAUUAACUUACAGGGCAGAAAACCAUUUUGAUUAGAGGACCCAAGCCUGAAAAGUUUUACUCCCAAAGAAUGACCCAAGUUGAUUUGAGAGGAAUGGAGUGAAUGAUUGAUUUAUCAGUGUAAAUCUUACCAGGUUACAUGUAUCUAUCUGGCAAGAGGCAAUAGAGGGUAACCAACAUAAAUUUGGAAACUCCUCUGAUUUCAUCAUUCUGUGACAUGCAAAUGCAUAGCAUGUAAAUAAUAACAGAGGAAGAAUCCAGCAGGGGUUAGCAAAUGAUUGCCUGCCCCAUGGAGUAUCCUUGCACUGACACCUUUCUUUUUCCACCAAAGUCUUACUGUUUGGCAUAGACCUAGAGGCAGAUCUCACCUGUUGCAAGGAGAGAAGGGGGACGGCCGUGGCUGACUCCAUGGUGGUUCUGCUUGUGCCACAGCCGGGAGCCUGUCCCACACAUCCUGCUCUGCCUGCCAGCUGCACAAUGAACAGCAGCAGAACUCCUAAGCAUCCUUUUCACUUCUCAGUCCACAAGGUCUCCACCCAGGAAACAUGGGAGAAAGGACAAAACUUUGUGCACUGAAGCCUCCUAACCACAAAUGAAGGGGGUGGAAUUGUACCACUCUAGCCCUUGACAAUGCCAAGCUGCACAGGAACCCAAGGAUAAGUUUAGAAUUUCUUGACCCUGCAGAGAACUGAGACCACCCCUCUUCAGACUGAGUGUGUUCGAUAGCUGGUUCUUGUCAGUCUUGUAAGUAUUCAAAGGGAGACAGCAGCUAGCCCGAAGCAUGAAAAAUAAAUGUUCAGCAAUAUAAACCUAUAUUUUUCUUUUUUUCAGGAAAUUUCACAGAGUGUUCUUAUUGCUCCCUGCCUCAGACAAUGCCAGCCUAUAUUGGAUCAGGAAGUGUAGCUGCUAGCUCAUUAUAUCCCAUAAAUUUAUAUGGUAGUUGAAACUGGGGCAGUAAGGAAAAGUAUGGCUGGAGCUUUACUGAUGGGAUGGCUUAAAAGAAGAGUCUGGCUUCCUUACACUGCAUGCCAUGCUGGGCUAUGUGCAGGAUAGCCAUGCCCCCAGCAGACAUGGGAUGGUUUCCAAGACAACCUUGGAGCCACUUGGCAUUUCUGAGGAGUAGGCAGACCACUCUCCAGCUACACUGUAAGCCCUUGGGAUAAAUCUGGAGCCCUUGGCCAAUUGUUACAAUAACUGUGUAUGCUUAAAGGCCUGGAUCUAGGCCAUCCCAUACAGAAAAUGCCUUUUCUUUUUGUGGAUGGCUGUAGGCCUGAGGCCUUGAAAUAUUUAAUUUUCACCAAUGUAUGCAGUUAAUUAUGCGGAUUACUUGAGCUCAAAUCAUGAGAUCCUAGCUUUUUGCCUCAGGGACUGGGUCCUGAGUAGUUUUCCCUAGAAUUGGUGUUGACGGGGGAUUACACAGUGGCUGACUAUUACAGGGAAGAUGCUUUAGUCUCCUUUGUAGAGGAGAAAAAGGAAAACAAAAUUAUAGCUUUGCAAUGAAUUUCAUUUUCUUAGCCUUAAACAUCCCUCAUCAUUUGGAACUGUUGUUCUUAUCAUGCACAAACAUUCCAUAAGUAAGCAAAAAUAUUUAUAUAUAUUUGUAUGUACAAAAUGCCUGAAUUUUGGCUCUUGAAGCCAACAAGCAAAAGCCACCAAAGUGUAGUCUAUAUAUACAGAUGACUCUUCCCCCUUAUCUUUUCCUUUUAUUGACUGGAAGUGGAUAGGGUCAGGGAAAAUUAAGAUUUCUCCUGGCUGAAAUAGCAUCUUGCACUUUUCCUGUUACUACAACCAAGGCAAAGUAAUUGAGGAAGAUAUAGGACAAUUUUUAAAAGGCUAAAGUUUGUCAAUGGCAGCUCAGCCUGUGCAGGAUUAUUUUCUUUACUACAAACUGGCUUACUCAGAUUUGUUCCCCACCUGCUUGUAACAUUAAAGCCUCUCCCUAAUUAAAGGGGGGGGGAAGAAGUCUCAAAGUAGUGCAAGGAUGCUCAUUAUAGUGUGUGUGUGUCUAAUUGUGCAAUAGCUUGUGAAAUUAUAGUUUGGGUUGUUUGUAGCCUUAAGACAAUCUGGGUAAGAGAUCUGAGAACUUAGCAGUAGGUGAAAUGCAGUCAAAAUGCCAACCAAGUCACAGAGAAAUGUCUCUACACUUUUUCAGGAAAAAAAAGAAGUUCAACACUGAAGUAGUGAAGGGAGCACAGCACAGCUCCUUUCUCUCCUGCUGAAUUGAAUUUUCACUGACAUUCUAAAAACUGAUACUUACUUGUUUAGAACUGUACUUCUGAAAACUGAUAAUUACUUGUUCAUGUUAUGCAAACUUUAUUUCAAAGAACCGAGACCACCAGUAAGGCAUACCAACCACCUUCUAUGCACAAUACUUUCAGGAAAUGUCUGUUGUGCCACAAUCCUUUCUUGGAAAACAUUUCUUUUCCCAUUGUGUAAUGCCACACUUGCCAGAGCUUAGAAGCCACUGGGAAGUGGUUUCCACUGUUGUCUCCAUUGAAAAAUGCUUCAAGGGCUUGCAGGAAUUCUGCCAUAUUUUACUUCAGUCCAUCUGUACACGUGACAAUAGGGUACAAUUUAAAGAAAUCUCAUCUUCAUUUUCUGUUUCUAUUCUCUAUCCCCAGCCCUUCUAUAUACAAGUCUACAGUAUAGGAAUCAUAAUUUAUAGAAGUACAACCUUUUUUUCUUCAGGUAAUUUCUAGAGAAAAUUGAAUUUAGCAACUCAAGAACAGCAUUCCUGCUCUUUACCUCCAAAUAUAUUUCUGUGGCCUUUUUUUUUUCCCCAAAGAUGUUACUUUUCUUUCUAACAGUUAUUUAGAAGUCUGUCUUGAGCUAGUGAGUAGUGAAAGAAGCCUCCAGUAUCUCAUUCUUCCAUGCCUUAGUCCACUUGUGGUAGAGUUGAUUCCACUGACAAGGGGGUGAUUGGGGGAUUAUGCUGCUCUGAUAAUUCUGUGCAUCUCUGGUACUUUCCAAGCAAGGAUUGCAAAGUGCUGUAACAGCCUGAGCACUCGUGAGACAUCAUUAGCUUAUCAAAGCUUUUCCUUUCCUACCAGACACCAAGGCACAGCACAGAUAAGGGGGGUGAUGAAACUAUAAAGUGAAUUUGCACUCCUGCUGAUUAAGGCCAUGUUCUGUGUUUUCAGUGACUUGGUUCUUGUUCAAAAGCACUUUUCCUAAUUAGAAAUGAAAGUAUGCCAAAUAUAAUUUCCUCCUGAGUAAGAGCUGUGGGACUUAGCACAGGUUCCUUCAUACAGGCUGGCACGAGUUAAAACCAAAUUGCACUAAAGGAAAGAGAAAAUUUGAUAAAACGUAGGAGCCCAACAAGCCUAGAGGAACUUAGAAGAAAUGUAUGGAAAAUCUGAAGCUCUGCAAUAGUCCAGUACACAGUGUGAAAUUCAGACAAAUAAUUACUGAGUUAAGAAAAGUCCCUGAGGCUUAGAUGGAAUAUGAAGUCUUCCAUCCACCUCUGUUUGGGGUUUGCCAUGGCACUUCCUUCGCGCUCGGAUUGAUGUAAGAUGGGUUGUUUGUAAAACGAGCUCAUCUCAGUCUGGCUGAGAAAAACACCGAAGUGUCAAAGGCCUGUUCACAGUUUCACAAGGGCAAGGAACUCUAAACUCAAAACAGGUAUAUAUUUGGCCUGCUGUUAACUAGGAUACUUGCACCAACUCAUCACAUCAUCUACUCAAAGCAAGCCUGUCAUCAGUGCUAUUUGAUGUAUAUUCAUUCUUGUCGCUAUUCUUCCUAAACUUAUCUUUGUUUCCCAGAAGCAUCAUGAACUGGAAGCACCUUUUUAUCAUCACUUCACUCUUGGGAAACAGUUGAGAACAGCUGUGCUUUAUAGAAAGGAUUUCUUCCUCUUCUUCUGAGUGACAGCCUUGCCUCUCUGGAAAUCUAGCCCUGGAGAAGCUUCCUGCCCCACACUUUCCUUUGCUUCCCACUUAGAACACAUCCAAAGCAUCCUUCAGGUUCUUGGUCAGUCUGGAAGGGUUGACCACACAGAGUUGGCCCUUCAGUUUACUUCUGUAGCGUUGCUCUGCUGGUCCUUUCUGCUAUUUUGCAGAUCUCAGAUGAAACAGGGUAUUGUUUCUGCAGGCUGCUCUGAUUGCAAUCACUGUGAAGGUGUUGUCUCUUUGCCCCAUUAGUUCUGUCCCAGCAGGUCUGGAUGGAUCCCAAAGAGGUUUCAGCAGCACUGCUCCAACUGGCAUGGCUGUAAUAUUCCUCAGCUCUGCAUUGCUGUCAGAGAGACCUUUGGCAGGGUCUGGGGAUUUUCUUUGUGUUUUGCUUUGUUUUUGAAGCCCUUUCACUCUGAUGGGUUUGGUGAACAGCUGUUAGGUAUCACUAAAAGGCCUUAAGUGGUAAAUCCCUUUUGUAUCACACUUUUGAAGUAAUAAUUGCUUGUAUUGGAUGUCAGGAUGGUCCAUGGGAUGUGUAGUGCAGAAAGCUGACCCAAGAAAGCAUCAUUUGCUGUAUCUGAGCAGCCUUGGAUGCCUGGGGGCCCUGGGUGAGGAACCCAGUGGGAGAGGACUGUACUGUGCUGCAGGACCAUGAUGUGCAGGGCGUGACUGGGGAAAAAAGCUGGGGAGACACAAGAUCACAAUUUGCAAUCCAAGCUGCUUGGACAAGCAGACUUCAUAGUCAAGUUGGUCUCAGAAGUUUUUCUAGGAAAGGGAAAAUUCCAGGCCUAUGCAGUUUGCUCCCAGCCGUUGCAACUCUGUUUCUAAAAUAAACCCUCUGGCAAAUGCUUUCACACUUGAAAUGUGUGCUCUGGCCUUCAGAGCAUUUUGACCUAUUUCCACAAGUUGCCCCAAAAAAGCCUAGAAAUUUAAAAGCAAAGCACAGUGCACUAGGUUCAGCUGUCCAGAACCUCAACUCACUUGUGUCAAAGUAACUUUGUGGUCUUGCUCUCAAAUAAUCUGUGUCAAAGCAUUUGCAAAACGUGACUGCUCAACAAUUUGCAUGUCUCUGUGAAACAUAGUUGCUCAUUUGAUGGAAAACAGUUUGCCGGUCUCUCCGACUUAUUUUGCAACCUGGAUAUAAACCAAAUAUUUGCCUGGCAUUUCAGUACUAAAAUAAAAAAAUAGCUUGAUCCCAUGGUCUGGGGGUGAUAUCAGAGAUAACAAAACUCAGGUUUAUGCCAGCGAUUAAUCUGGUCCUGUGAAGGUGUGGCUAAUCAGCAUGGAGGGAUGUAGACAGACACAAGGAGGAUUUCAAGGGCAACAGUGGGUUUGAGAAGGCAGAGGAAAGUUCAGAGGAUGAAGAGAGAGGAGCCAGGUGAUCCCUUCUAACUCUCAUCAUUCCAGCAUGUAUACCCCCCUCUCCUGCUGCCUUUGAAUUAAAAGAAAAGGCUGAUGCUUAACAUAACCAGUCUGCAGAGCUGAAUGAGUAACACAAACCCUGCUUUAGCUACAUCCCUGGCCUCACUCCAUGCCUUUCCCUAGGCUAUACGUGUUCAGAAGUCAUCAGCCUUGGCGUCACAGCGCUGCUGCAUGUCAGCACAGCAUGGAAGCUACAGACUGUGGAAGCACCACAGUAGAAACAGGAACAAUGGGGAUUCUGGAGAAGGAGUCUCCCCACUGACAUUUUGUUUUCAUUUAUUUUUCAAUGUGUGCAACUUACAUUCCAUCAAAUGCAGUGACAGUUCCAAUUGCGAAGAUGGGCCUUAGCUGGCUGAGUGCUUUCAAGACCACUGGGCUGUGCUCACACCAUCAGCAACUGCAGUUCUGUUGCAAAGUUCCAUAGUCUUUAUAAUUCUAAAGAUUUCUGUUGAAAGCAUAAAUUACAGAGAUAAAAUAUACACUGCAAAUUACUUUUUUUUUGCUUAUUUUUAAAAAUCUUCUCAGACCAAUUUUAUAACAGCCAAGUCUUUCAGGAAAUGCAGGUGUGUGACCUCUUCACUGUAAGAGACACACAGCUGUGUUUCUGCAUGGGACAGGGAACUACUUUUGUGACACCAGUUUUGUUCUACACAAAGGCACGCUUGCAAUAAAUUUUUACAAAUUUUGUACACCAUAAGCUGAAUUCCGAGUUCCAAAAAUGUGAAGUGUGGCAACAAUAACAAAAUUUAUUUAUAGUAUCACUCUGAUAUCUUGUCAUGUGAUUUUAUUUCUUCAACAAAGUUUGUUUACAAUCAACAACUUUGAAAUACAGU